GGCGGCGCUUGACUAGUCACUAGCACUGUCAAUUAAAGUUCACUGGAAGCGCCUACUUCAAUUGGCUAUGUUCUAUACCAACUCAACCACCACAACCACAUCAGAUGUCGCCACACGAACUCAGAUAAGCCGGCGCACAUCUAUUUAAAGCCUGCACGAACGAAGCACUCACAUUCGAUCCACCCUUCGUCCCCGUCCGCUUUCAAGCCACUCCCAUAUGCCCAGGUCAGCUUCCUCCUCCGACACUUGUUACAUGCCCCUCGAUUCAACGUUGUCGAAGAUCGAUCUGGACCUAGAAGACCAGCCGCCGCUGUUCUCGGAUCUACCCACGGAGAAGGAUGUCUUUUCCAAGUCCAGCUCUUCUCGUAUCAGUAGUAUGAGCGGGGACACUCUGCUUCCUUAUCCCGCCACCAUCCCCCCGCUCGCCACAGACAAGCCGCGCAAACGUAGAAGGCUCCGACGGUGCGCUGCCUGUUGCGUCGACUUCGCAGAGGACGCAGGGCUCUGGUUCAUCUUCAUCGGAGGCAUCUCCCUUCUCGUCGCUGUGGCCGCAUCUCUCGUCGGCGCCGGCUUCUCACCCUUCUGUUCGUACAUUGGCCUCUAUUUUCUGCGGCACAAAGAGGAGUACGUGGACGCCGAUACCAAGGCGAUCUACAUCGCGAGCGCCACAGGCGGUGCUGUCCUGGCUGUCGCGGUGGUCUUCGUGGCCUGGGUUGUCUGCGCCACGAUAAAGUCGCUCUUGGAGGGAUCUCUGAGCCUGGUGCCCUGGAGUGACGACGACGACGGGUCGUCCAUCGUAUUCUGGGCGAUCGUGACCAUGCUCGCCUCUGUGCCUGUCGGGGUCUGCGGGCAAGCGGUGGGAUACUACAUAUUGCAGGGAAGACUGUCGGGAGGGCUGGACCUGCACCUCGCGUUCAAAUUGGAUGGUGUCGGCUACCCGCUGGCCCUUCUGGCACUCAUUGGCGGCACGGGAGGGUGCUGUGCAUACAAUAGUUGGGGCAACUAAGGCGGAUGCUCAUCGGAAUCGACGAGGUAUGCAUUACCGCUGUCCAAUGUUCCUCUGUGGAGACGAGCCUCAACUGUUCGCCAGCCGUUUGUGGCAAUAGAUGUGGCUUGUUUCUUGUUCGCGAAGUCUCGCACCUGUACGUGUAUUUCGAAGCGGAGGCAUUGUGUGUAUGUAUCCUGGGUCGUUCCCAUUUU